GCCCCCUCCAGCCCUUCCAGCUUCUUCCUCUGUAGGGUGCAGCACAUAACAGCACUGCAGGGCAGGCAUGGGGAAACUGCUGAAAAUCACACUCUUUGGGGUCUUCCUGGCUUUUCUAGGAGAAAGGAUCGUGCAUUUCACCGAUCGCAUCAACCUGGUCAGAGACAUAGAACCUGUUGAGCUUCCAAACUGCCAGCUUCUGGCGGGCAUCGAAUAUGGAUCUGAAGACAUUGAGAUUCUUCCCAAUGGGCUGGCAUUUAUCAGUUCUGGUUUGAAGUACCCCGGUAUGUUCAGUUUUGCACCCAGUAGACCUGGAGAAAUCUUUCUCUUGGAUCUGAACGACGAAGAACUUCGACCAUCUUCACUGCGUAUAAGCCGAGGUUUUGACAUCUCUUCCUUCAGCCCUCAUGGAAUCAGCAUAUAUAUUGAUGAAACCGAUGACACGGUGUACCUGUUUGUAGUGAAUCAUCCUCACAUCUCUAAGUCCACGGUGGAGAUAUUUAAAUUUGCAGAGGAUGAAAAUGUUCUGGUGCACCUGAAGACAAUUAAACACGCGUCCCUAUACAACGUGAAUGACCUUGUCGCUGUCGGACCUGAAAGCUUUUAUGCCACUAAUGAUCAUUACUUUACGGAUUUCAUCUUGAGAUUUGUGGAAAUGUUCCUUGGGUUAAGGUGGACGAAUGUCGUGUAUUACAGUCCUAGUGACAUCAGAGAAGUGGCAACAGGGUUUUAUAGCGCCAACGGGAUUGCCAUGUCAAAUGAUGAAAGGUUCAUAUAUGUUGCUGACGUCUCUGGGAAAGCGAUUAAUGUGUUGGAGAAACAUGCAAAUUUUUCUCUAUCGCCAGUAAAGGUGCUCCAAUUGGGAGCAUUGGUGGAUAAUCUCUCAGUGGACCCGGUCACUGGUGAUAUUUGGAUAGGAGCCCAUCCAAAUGGAUUUAAAUUGUUUAAGUACAGUGAAGAAGAUCCACCAGGCUCAGAGGUGAUCCGCGUCCAGAACAUUCACUCUGACAACCCAGUCGUGACCACCGUAUACGCCAACGAUGGCUCCGUGCUCCAGGCCUCGACCUGUGCCGCCGUAUGGGAGAAUAAUCUACUGGUGGGCACAAUAUUCCACAAAGCUCUCCACUGCAAGUUGGAGUAAUCGGACCAGAACGCGCCAAAAGAACUGUGAAAUGCACUUAAUUUUUAACUGGGAAGGCCCUGCAGGUGGCUAUAGGAGUGCCAACUCUCUCGAGUGACCAAAAAAAGCCCAGCGCCACCAAAAGCUGAAUUAUGUUGAAAACACUGUGGGGUUGGAGCCUGUGUUUGUUUGUUUUUUGGGGGUGUGGACUAAGACUGUUUAUGGCUUCCUUUGGGGAGGGGCUGCACCAAUCUUUGACCUUGUAGGAGGAGCUGGGCUGCAAGUUCAUUCUCCAGAGACUGUGCAAAUAUCUGCUUUUGGCCGGGCAGGCCUCUGAUGUUGGUGUUUUAUAUCUUGCGAUUUUGAUGUUUCUAUAAAAUGUGACCAGAAUUAAAGAGCCUUGUUGGUCGGCCUUGACUACAAA